ACUGCCCCCCCACCAGCAGGAGCAGCUGCUGCCUCGCCCCGAGGAGAGCAUCGCCGGGACCUUCCCCUUCCUUUAGGAGUGCGUUUGGAUUUACAUGCAAAGCCUUCAAGAUGAUGUCCAUGAACAGCAAGCAGCCUCACUUUGCCAUGCAUCCCACCCUACCUGAGCACAAGUACCCCUCCCUGCACUCCAGCUCGGAAGCAAUAAGGAGAGCCUGCCUGCCAACUCCACCGCUGCAGAGCAACAUCUUCGCCAGCCUGGACGAGACGCUGCUGGCGCGGGCCGAGGCGCUGGCGGCGGUGGACAUGGCGGUGUCCCAGGGCAAGAGCCACCCCUUCAAGCCGGACGCCACCUACCACACCAUGAACAGCGUGCCCUGCUCGUCCACGUCCACGGUGCCGCUGGCCCACCACCACCACCACCACCACCACCACCACCACCAGCCGCUGGAGCCGGCCGACCUGCUGGACCACCUGGGCUCCCCGCCGCUGGCCCUGGGGGGCGGGGCCGGUCCUGGGGGGGGCGGCGGCGGAGCCGGAGCCGGGGCCGGACCCGGCGGAGGCGCCGGCGGAGGCGGCGGCGGAGGCGCAGGGGCGGGCGGGCCCGGCGGCCACGACGGCGGCGGGGCCGGUCCUGGGGGGGCCGGUCACGGCCCCGGCCACGGCCCCGGCCACGGCCCCGGCCCCCCGCACGGCCACGGCCCCGGGCCCGGGCACCUGCACGGGCUGGGCCCCCUGUCGCACCCGGCGGCGGCGGCGGCGGCGGCGGCGGCGGCGGCGAUGAACAUGCCGUCGGGCCUGUCGCACCCGGGGCUGGUGGCGGCGGCGGCGGCGGCGCACCACGGGGCGGCCGUGUCGGCGGCGGCCGUGUCGGCGGCGGCGGCGGCGGCCGUGUCGGCGGGCCAGGCGGCGGCCGUGUCGGCGGCCGUGUCGGCGGCGGCGGCGGCGGCGGCGGCGGCGGGGCAGGCGGCCGGCCUGGCCUCGCUGUGCGACUCGGACACGGACCCGCGGGAGCUGGAGGCCUUCGCCGAGCGGUUCAAGCAGCGGCGCAUCAAGCUGGGGGUGACCCAGGCCGACGUGGGCUCGGCGCUGGCCAGCCUGAAGAUCCCCGGCGUGGGCUCGCUCAGCCAGAGCACCAUCUGCCGCUUCGAGUCCCUGACCCUCAGCCACAACAACAUGAUCGCCCUCAAGCCCAUCCUGCAGGCCUGGCUGGAGGAGGCCGAGGGCGCCCAGCGCGACAAGCUGGCCAAGCCCGACCUCUUCAGCGGCGCCGAGAAGAAGCGCAAGCGGACUUCCAUCGCGGCGCCGGAGAAGCGCUCCCUCGAGGCCUACUUCGCCGUCCAGCCGCGCCCCUCCUCCGAGAAGAUCGCCGCCAUCGCCGAGAAACUGGACCUCAAAAAGAACGUGGUGCGGGUGUGGUUUUGCAACCAGAGACAGAAGCAGAAACGGAUGAAGUUCUCCGCCACCUACUGAGCCG